AUGUGGCAGCGGUGGAGGAGGGUGGCCGCCAUCUUAGGAAGCAGCAGCAGCAACACCAGGUCUUUCCAGCAGUGUGAGGCAUCAUGUCUCAUCGAAAGUUUAGCGCACCCCGUCAUGGGUCAAUGGGAUUCUAUCCUAAGAAACGCUCAAAGCGUCAUCGUCCUAAGGUGAAGGCUUUUCCUCUUGAUGACAGUUCAAAGCCUGUUCAUCUUACUGCUUUUCUUGGCUACAAAGCAGGCAUGACUCACAUAGUCCGUGUUGCUGAUAAGCCUGGCUCCAAAAUAAACAGGAAAGAAGUUGUUGAAGGUGUAACUAUCUUGGAAACACCCCCUAUGGUUUGUGUUGGUGUUGUUGGCUACAUAAACACCCCAAAAGGUAUGCGAACCUUCAAAACUGUUUGGUGUGAGCAUCUUUCAGAAGAAUGCAAAAGGCGCUUCUACAAGAACUGGCACAAGUCAAAGAAGAAGGCAUUCACAAAUGCCUCGCAGAAGUGGCAGGAUGAGGUUGGCAAAAAAGUGAUCGAGAGAGACCUUGCCAAGAUGAAGAAGUAUUGCUGCUGUAUACGUGUUAUUGCGCACACUCAGAUAAAAAUCCUCAAAAAGAGGCAAAAGAAGGCCCAUAUCAUGGAGAUCCAACUUAAUGGAGGAACAAUUGCAGAUAAAGUUGACUGGGCUGUAUCUCACUUCGAGAAGCAAGUACCUGUUUCAAAUGUUUUUGCCCAGGAUGAGAUGGUUGAUAUCAUUGGUGUGACAAAGGGCAAAGGUGUUAAGGGAGUAACGUCUAGGUGGCAUACAAAGAAGCUGCCACGGAAAACCCACAAAGGUCUUAGGAAAGUUGCCUGCAUUGGAGCAUGGCAUCCAAGUAGAGUUCAAUUCACAGUUGCACGUGCUGGCCAGAAAGGUUACCACCACCGCACUGAAAUGAACAAAAAGAUCUAUCGCAUUGGUCAAGGUAUUCACACCAAGGAUGGAAAGG